GGCAAGUGUAAUGUUGGCAGACCGCGGUGGCAUGAGAACAAGCACAUUCAAUCUGGACCAUGCCCUCACUCGCAACAUCCUGACCAUUCUGUCGACGUUUAACGGCAUAUAUUUCGCUACUCUCCAGCAGGCUAGAGCGAGCUCGAUUCAUUCUCUGAACGUCUCCCAUUAUCUCUUCUAUCCCCCGACCGACCACCCUGCGGUCACUUUCUUAGACUGAUACCCUCUCUCAGUGCACGCAAAGGAUUCAAGAUGCCGCGCGUCCCAGUCAUAGGCCGUCUCACCUUCCGCGAAUACGUCGGCAUCUUCGUCGGCUCACUCUUCAUCGUCCUCGAGACGAUCCUUACGACCAUCAUCGGCUUCCUCCCCAAGCCCGUCAUCCAAUGGUUCUACAACCGCUCGCGCUCCAUCUUCCACGCGUUCGUUGGCCCACCUGAGCCCAAGUCUCACAAGCAGCACUUCGCGGAGCGCAUCCGGCGUGCGCCCGACUUUGAGCGUCUCUGCGAGAUUUUCGGGUACACCUUUGAAGAGCACGUCGUCUUGACGAAGGAUGGAUAUCUGCUUGGGCUGCACAGGUUGCCAUUCAGAAAGGGCGAGCAGCGCGUGGGCCGCGGGUCCAGCACGGGCAAGCCGGUGGUGUACCUUCAUCACGGACUGCUGAUGAACAGCGAGGUGUGGGUUUGUCUCACGGAUCCAGAACGCAGCUACGCGUUGAGGCUCGUGGAACUCGGCUAUGACGUAUGGCUAGGCAAUAGCCGCGGCAACAAGUACUCGAAGAAGAGCGUACACUACAAUCCGAACAGCACCAGGUUCUGGGACUACAGUAUCGACGAAUUCGCAUGGCAUGACAUUCCGGACUCCAUCGAGUAUAUCCUGGACGUGACAAAGGAACCGAGCCUGAGCUACGUGGGCUUUAGCCAGGGAACGGCACAGGCGUUCGCUGCGCUGAGCAUCCAUCCGCAGCUGAACGAGAAGGUGAAUGUGUUCAUCGCGCUUGCUCCUGCGAUGAGCCCGGCAGGCUUAGCUGCCCCGAUCGUGGAUGGGCUCAUGAAGGCAUCACCGACUCUGCUCUACCUUAUCUUCGGGCGAAAGGCCAUUCUCACCUCCGUACCCGCAUGGCAAUCCCUCCUAUACCCCCCUGUCUUCGACGCCAUCAUCACCACCUCACUCCGAGUCCUCUUCUCGUGGCGCUCCGAGCGGCUGUCCCCCCUCCAGAAACUCGCAGCAUACCCGCAUCUGUACUCUUACUGCUCCGUGAAGUCCAUCGUGCACUGGUUCCAGAUCAUGCGCAACGCCAAAUUCCAGAUGUACGACGACGAUGUGCAGGUGGUCGCGCGUGUGGCGACGCGGAAGCACCGGCCCAGCGGCGUGACGAGCUACGCGCCUGCGCGGUUCCCCACGCGCAACAUCGUCACGCCGAUCGUGUUGAUCUACGGCGACGCGGACUCGUUGGUGGACAUCGAUGCGAUGAUGAGGGAGCUGCCUGGGCACACCACUGCGCGGAAGCUCAGUGGGUACGAGCAUCUGGAUAUCUUGUGGGGAGAGGAGAUCGACCGGGAUGUCAUACCAUUUGUGGAGGAGGCGUUGAAGAACAACUGCGUCAGGCCGGAGAGGGUCGGCAAGGAUUCGAAGAUAAGCAUGAAUGGAUAUUUGGAUGUCGCGACGGAUACGGAUGGGACAUCGACGUAUGGCGACGGGGACCGGUGACGGACCACGGUGCGACCGUGUUACACAUUGCUAUGUUUGUCUGCUCUGAGUGUUAUGUUUCGCUAUGAUCUACUCAUGUCCAUUAAUGGUCUACAUUAGACAAGUCUCCUCUUAGAAGGGUCUUUUCGCAUCUAAGACUGUGUUUCUGCCUUUGCACCUUUUCGGAGGACGCUGAAGCGCUGAAGCUUGAAGCUUCAGCGCUCAGUGCUUCACGCGUGUUGGGUCCUCUUUUCAGGCUCAUCUCGCUCUCGCGUUCAAGGCAGGGCUAAUUGAACGCAAAUGCUGCACAUGCUGCACAAAUAAAUUCUGCAAGAGCUACUGCGGGAAUAAAAAGUCAUCUGUGAUCAUACGUC